AUGAAACUUUUCUUCAUUGGUAGCUCUUGCUACAUUCUCUAUCUUAUGCGUGUCCAAUUCAGGUCGACAUACGAUCCAACUCUGGAUACGUUCCGUGUCGAAUACUUGGUCGGCCCAUCCCUGGUCUUGGGCUUGUUGUUCAACUAUUCGUUCACGUUUACGGAAAUCCUCUGGUCAUUCUCAAUCUUCCUCGAGUCGGUCGCAAUUUUCCCCCAGCUCUUCAUCCUCCAGCGAACUGGCGAAGCCGAGACUAUUACAACUCACUACAUUGCCGCUUUGGGCAUCUACCGUGCCCUCUACAUUCCCAACUGGAUAUAUAGAUAUUGGACCGAGGGUUCGGCGGAUCCUAUCGCUAUUGUCGCCGGGCUAGUGCAGACCGGUCUGUACGCAGAUUUCUUCUACGUCUAUUUCACAAAGGUACUGCAGGGCAAGCGAUUCGAGUUGCCAGCUUGA